CCCCACAAGGACCCCCCUGCCUGGCAGUGUGGCCCCAGCCCGAUGUGGUGGGUGGGUGGCCGCUCACAGGCAUGUGCCCCGCCCCGCCGCCCUGCCCCCACCUUCUGCUGCUGCUGCUGCUGCUGUUUUGCCAGCCACAGGCCCCAUCUGCGCAGGUGAUGGACUUCCUGUUUGAGAAGUGGAAGCUCUACGGUGACCAGUGUCUCUCCAACCUGAGCCUGCUGCCCCCCCCCACGGAGCUGGUCUGUAAUAGAACUUUUGACAAGUACGCCUGCUGGCCGGACACCCCUGCCAACACUACGGCCAACACGUCCUGCCCCUGGUACUUGCCCUGGCACCCCAAAGUGCAGCACCGCCAUGUCUUCAAGAAGUGCGGGCCCGAUGGGCAGUGGGUGCGCGGGCCACGGGGGCAGUCCUGGCGCAACGCGUCUCAGUGCCAGAUGGAUGAGCAUGAGCUCAAGGGCCAGAAGGAGGCGGCCGAGAUGUACAGCGGCCUUCAGGUGAUGUACACGGUGGGGUACUCUCUGUCCCUGGGGGCGCUGCUGCUGGCCCUGGCUCUCCUGCUGGGCCUCAGCCAGCUCCGCUGCACCCGGAACUACAUCCACGCAAACCUGUUUGCGUCCUUCGUGCUCAAGGCCAGCUCCGUGCUGGUCAUCGAUGCGCUGCUCAAGACACGGUACAGCCAGAAGAUCGGGGAUGACCUCCGCGUGAGCGUCUGGCUGAGUGACGGGGCGGUGGCCGGCUGCCGGGUGGCCGCGGUGUUCAUGCAGUACGGCGUGGUGGCCAACUACAGCUGGCUGCUGGUGGAGGGCGUGUACCUGCACAGCCUGCUGGGCCUCGCCGCCCUCCCGGACAGGAGCUUCUUCACCCUCUACCUGGGCCUCGGCUGGGGCGCCCCCAUGCUCUUUGUCAUUCCCUGGGCCGUGGUCAAGUGCCUGUUUGAGAACGUCCAGUGCUGGACCCGCAACGACAACAUGGCCUUCUGGUGGAUCCUGCGCUUCCCGGUGUUCCUGGCCAUCCUGAUCAACUUCUUCAUCUUCAUCCGCAUCCUUCUCAUCCUCACGGCCAAACUGCGAGCCCGCCAGAUGCGCCACACAGACUCCAAGUUCCGGCUGGCGAAGUCCACACUGACCCUCAUCCCCUUGCUGGGGGUCCAUGAGGUGGUGUUUGCCUUCGUGACCGACGAGCACGCCCAGGGGACCCUGCGCUCUGCCAAGCUCUUCUUCGACCUCUUCCUCAGCUCCUUCCAGGGCCUGCUGGUGGCUGUUCUGUACUGUUUCCUCAAUAAGGAGGUGCAGUCGGAGCUGCUGCGGCGCUGGAACCGCUGGCGUGCCGGUCGCUCACUGCGGGAAGAACGCCACACCAGCAGGCUCGGACCCCCAGCCCUGCCCACUGGCGACCCCCCCAGCGAGAAGCCACUGCUUUCCAGAUCCGGAGGCAGCAGCAAUGAGACUGGCCGGGACCCUUCUGCAGACCCCUGCCUGGUCAGCAGUCUCCCCGGGCUGGCCGAGAGCCCCUUCUAAAGCUCCAGGAGGCCCCAGGAGGCCCAGCUAGGGCUGGACUCAGGGGCUGAGAGAGAGCACUGCUGGACCACGCAGAGCCAGAUGCCCGGCGGCAGCAGGAGGGCUGGGAGCCAUGGUGGCUUCGCUGCUCACCGUCCACAGUGGGGUGGUCUGAGGGCUGGGGGCUCCCUGCACACCUGCUCCGUGCAGUGGGGGACGCGCUGGGAGGAGCCCCGCCGGCAGGCCGAGCUCAAGGAAACGUGUAUUCUCCGACAAUAAAGUGUCCAAGCCGGGGCUGCCUGGCACACGCGGGACAA